CGAUGGUGGGGAAUUAUCGUGAAGGGGGGGUUGUUCGACAAGCUAGCUGGGGUGGGAUCAUAUUAUGUAUCCCAAGUAAUAGUCUUGGGAGCCAAGCACCAACGUGAUUAGGAUGGCCGGCUUACUCGACUCAACAAGCAACACCUGGACAGACUCGAGCAAAACGUCGGUCCGACACCGAGAGGCACCGGCAUUACUCGCUGGUGGGCCGCUCAAGAAAUAGGCGACCAAUGGCCGAAUGCGACCAAGAUUUUCCACGCCCCGAUGCUGCGGACCUUUUGUGGGGAACUAUCUCCGCAAUAUGUUCUUGCUGUAGCGACUGUCGUCAUCAGCCCGCCCUGUUUGGGCAAGAGAGCUUUUUUCCACGCAAUAAGAAUGCGGUCACGCAUCGGUGCUCCUCACCGUCGUCUCGUGGCGCCAGCGUCCCGCAGCCAUGAAGCUUUCACCUUCCGUCCUGGCGUCGUUGGCAACACUCACGAGUAGUCGCAUUCUUCCUCGCCAAGACUCCCUCGACUACAAUGCCGCACCGCCAAACCUCUCCACCCUGGCAAACAACACCCUCUUUGACAAAUGGCGCCCCAAAGCACACGUCCUGCCAGCCUUUGGCCAGAUCGGAGACCCUUGCAUGCACUACACCGAUCCCAACACUGGCCUCUUCCACGUAGGAUAUCUGCACCUGGGAGCAUCCGGCGCCACCACCAGCGACCUGGUUACCUACAAGGACCUGAAUCCCGACUCUGCGCCUUUUAUUCGUGCCGGCGGCAUCAACGACCCUGUCGCCGUGUUCGACGGCAGCGUCAUUGAAAAGGGCGUCAAUGGCACCCCUACGCUCCUCUACACCAGCGUCAGCUACCUACCUAUUCAAUGGACCAUUCGCUACACAAAGGGCAGUGAGACACAGUCACUCGCAUACGCCACGGACGGAGGCAAGAAUUUCACAAAAGCUCCCUUUGGUCCCGUGAUCCCCAGCCCACCGUUCGCUGUCAACGUCACGGGUUUCCGCGACCCAUUUGUAUUCCAAAACUCGCAAGUUGACACGCUGCUCGGCAAGAAAUCCGGAACCUGGUAUACUGUUAUCUCUGGUGGUGUGCACGGAGAAGGCCCCAGUCUCUUCCUGUACGCACAGUACGAAAAAGACGCAGAUGAAUUCCAGACAUGGGAGUAUUUAGGCCAGUGGUGGCACGAAGCUGCGAAUUCCACGUGGAGCGACAAAGAUUGGGCCGGACGCUGGGGCUUCAACUUUGAAGUAGCGAAUUUCUUUGCCCUCGACGAGCACGGUGCGAAUCCUGAGGGUGAAAUCUUCGUCACUCUAGGCGCGGAAUGGAGUUACGAUCCGAUUGUCCCCCAGGUCUCAGACGAGAGAGAUAUGCUCUGGGCGGCGGGAACCCAGACGCUCGUCGACGGGAAGCUUGUCUUUGAGCCCACCAUGGCCGGCCGCCUCGAUGCAGGCCGCUCCGCCUACGCGGCCGCCGGCAAGGUCCUCGCUGCAGACUCACAGGCCAGCUGGGCGAGCGGCGCGCCCGACCGCUUCAUCACGUACGUCUGGCUCACAGGCGACUUCUACGGCACCGCCGCCUUCCCCACACGCCAGCAAAACUGGACGGGCUCACUGCUUCUCCCGCGCGAACUCAGCCUCGGCCAUAUCACUGUCAGAGACAACGAGCUGUCGCGAGAAAAAGGCUCAUGGCGCAUCUCUUCUUCUCCCAGUCCCUCUCAAUCCACCACAAAUGGCACACUAACACUGACAACGCUCCGCCAACGUAUCGCCCGCGAACCCAUCGCCGCCUUCAAAAAACACGCCUCAGCCACCUACUCGCUCCCCUCUGGCCCCGUAACCCCAGGUACCAUGACAGAAUUCACGCCCUCACCCCGCUCAAACAAAUACAUGCUCACGGCCUCCAUCACUCUCUCCGCGCGCUCCAACACUACGAAAACAGGGUUCGACAUCCUCACCGGCGCACACGAGUCCACACGCAUUGUGUAUGACAUGGCCACCGAGCAACUGGUCGUCUUGCGCGGAAAUUCGUCUGCUGCAGCCAAGACAACGCCUGGUAUCGCGUCUGACGAUGAAGCGGGGUUGCUCCGUUUAUUCGAUGUGCCUUCUUCUUCCUCAUCCUCAUCAUCCACCACCGACACCACCACCGGCACUGAUGUACAAGCACAAGUAGAAACCCUACAUCUAACCAUUGUCGUCGACGGCGGCAUCCUCGAAGUCCACGCCAACGACCGCUUUGCACUGAGCACGUGGGUCCGACCCUGGUACACCGAUAGCACUGGGAUUUCGUUUUUCCUCGAGGGCACAGCCACGGCUGAACUGAGCAAUGUCACCGUCUAUGAGGGCUUGGUGCAUGCGUGGCCGUUGAGGAAAUCGACAUUGUGAUUUGUGGUUAAUCGUGCUUUGUGCCGUGUUUAUGUUGUCUUGUGGACAAGUUCUUUUUUUUAUGCAUGCAAAAGAGAAUGCGUGUGUGUGUGUGUGGUUUUCCU